AUUUUAUUUGUGUUUCCUAGUGGUGUAAGAAGUACUCAAAUACAAAUACUCAGUUAGAAGAAGCAUUGCAUUCAAACUUUAACUUAAAUAAGAAAAGUAUUACCAUCGCAAAACUAAAAGGAGUAUCGAUUAGCUCCAAACACCUCGGCUUCAGUCAAACAACCUGCGUGUACCUGCACUGACCCCUGACCCGCCAAGGUCAACCGUUGCAUCUCCAUCAGAAGAUCAGAAGAUAUAAUGCAAAGGACAUUUCUGGACUAAAGGCCAACAUCAACGUCUCCUUCUCCUAAAACCUUUAAAAACUCUAGUCUUAUUGUAAGAAACAUUCCUUUAACCAACACAAUAUAUUUCGUAUCUUUCUCUGCAUGAUUUUUAUGAAACGAGUUGGUGUCCUUUGUGUGUCCCUGUCUCUGCUGCCGGUGUCUCCGCGUCUCCUGUCGCUCCUAAUUAUAGGAGGCCUUGUUUUCUUCCCCGACGACCGUCACUUCCUGUUUGUCUAAUGGGAACUGACUGGACACACACACACACACACACACACAUUGUGAGCGGUUCCUGUUCCUCAGGCUGUAGAUCCACUCACAGGAGCUGAGGAGGUUCAUAUUGUGACUGAGGAGCUGGAGGAGGAGAAGGGACAGAGGAGGUUUUAAAGGUGGAGAAAAGAGGGAAGCAGAAGUAGAAGCGACUACACUGGAGGAGGAAGAGAGGGAGAAGCGUGAAGGUCAGGAAGAAAAUAAGGAGGAGAAGAGGGCAAAAAUGUGAUUCCCCAAGAAGACUGAAACGAGGAGAGAACAGAAUGGAAAGGAGGAGAAGCGAACGCCGACGCUGAAGGAGAAGAGGAGAUCGGAGGAAGAGAGACUUCAUCGACACUCGGCUGUGUUUGAGGAGCAGGUCCCUCCUUCAUGAUGGGCUGCUGUCUGUUUGUUUACUAUCGGAAGAGGAAGCAGGCCAGCAGGGAUGCAGACUCUCUCAGCCUCUGCAGUCUUGACAUCAACGAGCCCGGCACCAAGCGCAGUAAGCUGGUGUCCAGGGUGACGUCGCUGGCCAACCUGCUGCCGCCCGUCAAGGCCGCGCCGCUGAAGAGGAUCGGCCAGACGCUGCAGCGCUCCAUCAGUUUCCGUAAUGAGAGUCAGAUGGAGAGAGAGGCUCCUCCUCCUGCCUCCUCCUCCUCCUCCUCCUCUUCCAGAAUGAAGAGGCGCGUUAUCUCGGCAACUCUCUCCAACCCGUCCUCCUCCAUGACUGCGGCGCGGGUUGCCACGGCGACGGCCCCGGCCUCCAAGCGGCGCGACAGCAAGCUCUGGAGCGAGACGUUCGACGUCCGACUGGGAGCGACUCAGCCCCUGAGCCCCAAAGAGAUAAAACGACAAGAGGCUAUAUUUGAGUUGGCUCAGGGCGAGCAGGACCUGGUGGAGGACCUCAAGUUGGCUAAAAAGGCCUACCAUGACCCGAUGCUGAAGCUGUCAAUCAUGACGGAGCAGGAGCUGAACCAGAUCUUUGGCACUCUGGACUCGCUGAUACCCCUGCAUGAAGACCUGCUGAGUCACCUGCGGGACGCCAGGAAACCCGACGGCUCCACGGAACACGUGGGACGCAUCCUGACCGACUGGCUCCCCUGUCUCUCCUGCUACACCUCGUACUGCAGCAACCAGGUGAAGGCCAAGGCCCUGCUGGACCAGAAGAAGCAGGAUCGGCGGGUGCAGGACUUCCUGCAGCGCUGCCUCCAGUCGCCCUUCAGCAGGAAGUUGGACCUGUGGAACUUCUUGGACAUCCCCCGCAGCCGGCUGGUGAAAUACCCGCUGCUGCUGCGGGAGAUCCUGAAGCACACGGCCAGCGAGCACCCGGACCGGCAGCACCUGGACCAGGCGAUGCUGAUGGUUCAGAGCGUGGUGGCGGACAUCAACAGGCGGACGGGAGAGUCCGAGUGUCAGUACUACAAAGACCGCCUGCUGUACUCGGAGGACGGACAGAGGGACGAGCUCAUCGCCCGGUCCAGGACCCUCAGCUGCCACGGAGAACUGAAGAACAACAGAGGCCUCAAGCUCCACGUCUUCCUCUUCCAGGACGUCCUCGUCAUCACCAGGUCCGCUUCGCUGAACGACCAGCCGGUCGGCUACCAGCUGUGCCGCCGGCCGAUCCCCAUCCGGCAGCUGGACCUGGAGGACCUAUCGGACGGAGAGAUGAGAGUGGGCGGGUCCAUACGAGGGGCCUUCAGCAACAACGAGCGCACGAAGAACUUUUUCCGUGUUUCGGACCGGACGGGCGGCGCCCUGCAGAGCCACUGCUUCCAGGCCAGCGACGCCUUCAACAAGCAGCAGUGGAUCAACUGCAUCAGACAGGCCAAAGAGGCCGCGGCGCUGACCGCGGACCAGCCCCCGCAGACGGGACGCCGUCCGGAGACGGGCCCGGGGGGACGGCUCGGGCCGCUCGGCGAGACGGGCCCGAGCUUGUGCGCCGUUCUUGGGCUUGAGGGCGAAACGGGGCCGCGGGGGGAGACGGAAACAGGGCCGGGUCCUAAUGGAGAGGCCGGAGACGAGGACCUCGGCUCGGGGAGGGGGGGAGACGCCGGAGUGAGCUCGGCGGGUAGGGAGACGGGUUUGGGCGCGCCGAUGGAGGGUGAGACGGGGCUGGCGCUCCGUAAGACGGACGGAGGAGGGGGCGCUCUCGGCGGAGCCGCCCACGACGAUCCCGCCUCCCCUCUCUCCUCCGCCUCCCCCUGUGCAGAGGAGCGCGAGAGGCAGCUGACGGAGGAGGGGCGGAGCGGCACCGACGAGGUUGUCAUGGAUACGAGCGAGGUCGUGGACGCCAGGUGCUGAUGCUACUCGGGGACUUGAUGAUGACGUCAACGAGCACAUUAUUGUAAAUGGACCCAAUGACUCAAGUUCCGAUGAUGCAAUGAGUGUUUGGUGCGACCCGACUUCACCUCACAGCCCCACCUGGUUCCUCGGGGUGUAAACUUUUCCAGUUGGUCUGAGCCCGGUGUUCAUUUAUUCAUCAUGACUGUCACGUAUUCAUUUAGCUCACGUGUUUUGUGUCUUUGUGUCUUUGUGCGCCAUUUGAAGGAUCUUCACUAUUUAAGAGCAGUCAAAGGGUUCUUUGCUCUCUUGUGAUUAUCUUAAUUUGUUCUGCCUCUCAGAGUGAUUUCUAAAAACUUUAAUUAACGUCUUAAAAUGCGUUGUUGUGUCUGAAAACACUGGAGUAAACUGAGCUGUGCUCCCUGUCCUGAUGGAUUCUUAAAGUCUCAACAAACGUCUCUGUUUACGUUCGCAGUGGUUUGUAUAGCGAGCAAAUGUCGAUGCACACGUCUCCCAAACAUCUCAUUUUGAGAAACCUAAAUAGUUUUGCAUGACUGGAAUUCAACACACAGUUCUUGGAGAUAGAAUACGGCAAUUUUAGCAUCGCAAAGGCAACAAACAAAUUUACAGGAAAUUUCUGUUGCAACUUCUGUAGUCGUUGCUCGGAAGCUGCUUCAGUGUUUAGUCAGAGAAGCCUGUUGAGGUAUGUACUGUAUGUAAUGAAUGUAUAUAUACUUUAUCUGUAUAUAAAUGUAGGAACAAAGCCA